UGCAUCACUAAGGCACAGAGUAGAGCCGCCCUUUUCUUUCUCGCCUGCCCCCAAAAGGGGUUGCUUGGACGGAGGGGUGGAUUUGUCUUUUAUGGGUGGGAAUGCUAAUAAGUAGCUUCCCUAGAGGGCGGUUGAUCUUCAUGUACCCCUCCCCCCCCCCCCCGCUAGAUGGCCACUGUCAAAGAAGAGCGUAGCGUUGCCCAGCUUUACUCUGCUAGCCGGCCUGUCCCAGAGCCCUCGUCUUGCGGUGAUAUUGGCAGGGAAGAGAGCGGUGGCAUCUGAGUUUGCCCUGCUAGUGCAGCUUGUCCUAACCUAAAGUGUCCAGCCCGCCCAGUGCAAUCAGGCGGAGCAUGGUAGAGCCCACUUUGUUACACCGGUUUUUGGUCUCCCGUCAGGUGAAGAGGGCUUGGUGGCAGGUUGUGCUAUUUUGGUUCCCCAUUCCCUUCUGACUUGAAAAGAGAGGCUUUACGUUUUUAGUUGUACCUAUACAAUGCUGUGAAUUCUUCUAUUGAUCACGCUGUUGUAAAAUGGUGUGUGUGUGUGGGGGGGGGGGGUUUGAAGGGAUUACAGUUGUUGAGUGAAAGGGAGGUGCUGGAGGGUAGAAAUAGUUUUCUCUCUUCUCCAUUCAGUCCUUGGUCAGCUCUUUUUUUUUAUCUUGAAGACUGUGGAUUUUGCAUAGGGCUUUGGAAGGUGGGUUGCCUUGAAGACAUUCAUUGCAACAACAACAAAGGGAUAUCUGCCUCUGAACUGAAUGCACCUGCUGAAGAUUAUGAUAGUUUCAGAAGGUUUGAGGAUAUAAGCGGUCAAGACUCAAAGCUCCCUUUGUCUGAUAUGAGUCAAUGAGGAUUAUGAUGUAGCUCAGUAAUAUGAAUUGUUAGUUAUACUUCGUUGUUGUUUAAUGUGAGGAUUCUGACUUCUUGUUCACUUCUUCCUGUCAAAAUUAUUUAAGGUUUUGUCAUAGGAAGAUUUGAUAAGUUAAGAACUUCUAACUUAUUGCUGUAGGUAUAAGACUAAUAUAACCCUAUUGUGGGGAGGGGAGACUUUCUUUAGAUUAGCACAAGACCCCAGAGAAAAUAUCUUGGCAUAAUUUCCAGCAGACGGUUGCCCUGUUUGUUUGGGUUUAAAAAAAAAAAAAAAGGAUUGUCCCUUUGGUGAAAAAAAUGUACCAGUGGUCAAACUGCACAUCAUCCCAGUUCUAGAGAUUGUUGCUUUUAAUUCUUUGUUUCUGUUCCCUGCAUAGCCAUGGAUGCUGAUCCAGAUUGUUCUGCCGCACAUCAAGCCUCUGAUAAUGACUCUGACACAGAGAGCAAAACUGAUCCAGAUGCCCAGGCUCAGGAGUAUAUUGCACGAGUUCUUGGUCCUUCAAGCCAGCCGUCUCAGGCAUCCCCGAGUCUGCCCCUGGAGUCUCUCUCAGUAGGUGGGCUGGCCCGAGUGUCUGAGCACAGGUCACCUCCCCUAGAGCUAAAAACGUCUCCAGUUAGUGAUGAGACAGUCUCAGGGCUGUUGUCUCUUCCUCUAGAGCUGAUCUUGGAGAUCUGUUCCUACUUGCAGGCCAGGUUUGUCCUGAGUGUCCUUCCUUUGGUCUGUCAGACUCUGAGGGACAUUGUGCAGGAUGAAGUUACUUGGAGAAUUCGCCUGCAGAAGAGGAUUGGCAGCUGCUAUCCAGUUGUAGAAGUAGAUGACGAGUUUAACUGGCCAGCUGCCUGCACUGAACUAGAGGAACAUCUCCAGCAGUGGGUAGAGGAUGGCAAGAAUACGGAGUACUUUUCCCUAGCUGAUGGGCACUUUGCUUCAGUUGAUUCUGUGCUGCUCCUCCAGGGUGGGGAGCUGUGUCUCUCAGGUUCUCGGGACCGAAAUGUCAACUUGUGGGACCUGAGGCAGUUAGGCCAAGCACCUGAAAAAGUUCUUGUGAAGGCACUGGGAACAGAGCGCAAUGGGACACACAAGGGAUGGGUGUGGUCGCUGGCUGCAAGAGACAACCAGGCAUGCUCAGGUUCCUGGGACAGUACAGUGAAGCUUUGGGACAUAGCUGCUGAUGGAAAGCAGUUUGGAGAAAUCAGAGGGAAAGCGGCUGUGUUGUGCCUUUCUUACCUGCCUGAUAUCCUUGUCACAGGAACCUAUGACAAGAAGGUGACAGUAUAUGACCCCCGAGCAUCUCAACCCCUAGUAAAGAGCCGCAAGCUCCAUUCCAGUGCGGUGCUGUCCCUUGCAGCUGACGAGCACUUCAUCAUCUCUGGCAGUGAAGAUCGGACACUGGUGGUUUUUGACAGGCGGGCCAACAGUGUCCUUCAGAGGCUACAGCUGGACUCCUAUCUCCUCACCAUGUCAUACCAGGGUUCUCAGCUGUGGACUGGAGACAACUAUGGGCGGCUGCAUGUGUUUCAGAACCAAGGGGGCAUCUUUCAGCACAUAAGGUGUUUCGAUGUGGGCCAUCGCUCUCAGAUCACUGGAGUUCAACAUUCACUGGGCACUCUGUACACAACUUCCACGGACAAGACACUGCGUAUCCAUGUUCCCACAGAUCCACCAAAGGCUAUCUGUUCACGGACACACAACUACAUGCUAAGUGGGAUUAGCGUUGAAGGGAACAUAGCAGUGGCAGCCUCAGGUGGCCUCUCUGUGGAGGUCUGGAGACUCCAUGUGUGAUGAAGAGUCAGCUACUGAUCCACACUUCCAACUACAGGGGUGCUGAGUUCUGUGCCUCGAUCAACCUCCUCUCGGGGAUUAGAGCCCCAGUGCCUGUUAAGAUUUUGGUUCUGUUUGUACACUCUGUGGAUCUGUGAAGUCAAGGGAGGUUGAAGCUUCAGCCUGAGCCUGUCCCAGGGGUUUGCACAAGCCCCCUACUGCCAGCUCCUGUGUCUCCCUAGCUUGGUGCUCACUUAUGCUCUGCAUCUCCUGGAUGAAUGCUCACUUGUUGAGCUUGGUGCACAUUCUGGAGGGGAAUGGUCUGUUGAGAAACAUGGCGGGUAAGGUGAACUAGCUGGACCUGCAGCUGAACAACUACAACAUUCCAAGUACAGCACUAGCCCCAGGAACAUCAGCUUGAACAGGAGGAGCUGAAGGGGCAGAAUAGAGGCUGGAGCUUGCAAUCAGGCAAAAAUGAUCCUGUGGCCACCAAAUUCUGGGCCAUGUUUACAAUUUAAUUAAAGAUGUUCUGUUGUGGUGACUGAUCCAUUGUGAUGGUGCACUGUUUGUUUCUCACGGCUCUUAGCCUUCCUUUUUAAAUGCUGCUGUCUUGUGGUUCUUUAAUUAGAAAUAAGACUUAAUGUAUGUAAGAACUUGGCUGUGCAGUUUUUCUUUUCAGCGCUGUUAUUUCCAUAACAGUGCAUUUUUCAUGCCAGCUAUAAUGGGGCACAGUUGAAAGGGGCACUUUUAAGCCUCUUAUUUGGAGGAUGUUCCUUUGAAAGCCAUGGAACAUACACUGCAUACAAGUAAUGCAAUUGUGACAGAAACAAACAAGAGAAAUGUGAUACUAGUUUUAUCCUUCUCCACAAUUUAUUUUUAAGCUUUCCCUGGACCAAGUGUUGGUAAGUAUGGGAGUACAUAAUUCAAAAGUAUAUAUGUGUAUUUUAAGCACGUAAUGUACUAAAAUAAUACAUAUACAUAAUACAUAAUUUAGUACAUAAUGUACUAAAAUAUA